AUCCUGAUGCCAUUGGCCAGAUCAAGCCCGUCCUCCGCAGCUCUCACUGUUGCUCCCGGGACAAAAACAACGACUGGAUAUGACAGCAGCACGGUGACAACAUUAAGGAGGACCUGUGUGGACGUAUAAAUAUAGCAAAUUAGACCUAAUAAUGGGCUUUAUUUCACAUUUGUUUUGUGUCAACGGCGGCAGCCUCUUGAACGCACGAGGUCUGCCUACUGCUGUUCUGCCCUGAGCAGCUUCAGGCUAAGCUAGCUGGCGACACACACAUUCAGAUCAGUUCUAAAGCACGGGAUUUAUUUUUAGCAUUCAAUUAUUGUAGAUUUUGUUGCUACUUUUGCUGUCACGUUUUUCCAAACACGUAAGUAUGGCUCAUAUGGGUGGAGCAGAAUACGCGACUGAAGGGAGCGGUUGCUCGGGGAAGCUGCGCUCCGGCGUCGGCCUCAGCGAGAGUCAAGAGCAGCUCCGCGCGGUGAAAGUAGUGCUGAUGGAGCGCUUGGGUCCGCACGAACGCCUGCUUACCUAUCUGCAGUCUGUUUUGUUGUGGGAGAGACCCUUUCACAGCGUCCUACUGUACACGGCCGCCAAUGUCAUGUUCUGGUUUUUUGCUCUGAGCUCUUUGAGGUUGCUCUUUCUGCUGGCAUCAAGUCUGGCUUUGGCUGUUUGUGUUGACACUUGGAGAAAUAAGAUCUGGCCUAAGAUCAGAGUUAAAAGACAAGAUGAGAGUGAGAAUGAAAGCUGGGGUCUAGUGCAGCCUGGGACUUUGAGUGUGCCUGAAUUAUGCCACUACCUGGCUGAAGUUUGGGUUACGGGCUCUACCUGUGUAACAGAUAUUGUGCAGUUUAAACGGCAAAAUCCAGGGAAGUUUUGUUUGCUGGUUUGUGGCCUGUUCACCUCAGUGGCCAUGGUGGGGCGCUACAUCCCUGGAUUGGCGCUGUCAUACAUGGCUUUGCUGGGUGUGUUGCUGUGCCCAUUGGCUUUGUAUUAUCGGCUGUGGCAACGUGCAUGUGUGAAGCUGGAGCCGGCCCUGCAGUGGCUGGACUUCAGCACCAAAGGAUACAUGAUGUCAAAGCCUAUAGAUAACCAGUUUCUUCGUAAGCCCAUCAGAAGCGGGACCUCAGAUGACGCUAGUGACAGCGAAGAAGAACUGGCUGCAUUCUGCCCAACGUUUGACGAAGCAGUGGUUGCUAAGGAACUGGCACUGACUGACUCCGAACACUCGGAUGCUGAGGUGUCGUACAUGGAUAACGGCACCUUUAACCUCUCCAGGGGUCAAACACCUCUCACAGAGGGCUCAGAGGAUUUAGACAGACACAGUGAUCCAGAGGAAUCAUUUGCCUGUGGGCUUCCAGACUUCCCCUCCAUCAACCCAGAUGCCACCCUGAUGGAGGACGAUGAUGAUGCCAGCAUCGGGCUGCCCAGUCUCAACUCAGCCGUGCUCUCUGGCGCUCGCAGCUCUACCUCCGCCCUGCUGGACCUGGACACCCAGAUGGACUCUGAUCAGGAAGACCUCGACCCCGAGAUCUCCCUCGGCUCCCUAAAUACUACCUCUGACCUCACUAGUAACCUGGCAGGGGUCAUCGCCAGCAACAUGAUCCAGGCAGCCAUCGCAGGAGCCAUGCAGCCCCGCCCACCACAAGGUCCUCGGAGAGAAAGCGGCCAGCGGGCAGGAGCCGCUCCGAGGGCAUACAGAAAGCAGUCGAGCUCGGAGCUAGACACAGACCUGGACUUUGACGGCGAGGACUUUGAGAUGUUAGACCAGUCCGAGCUGAACCAGUUGGAUCCGUUUGGAGGAGGACAGGGAGGCCAGAGCAGAACCCAGGGAUCCAGUUUCUUGUCCAACUUUCUGGGGAAGCCACAGUGAGCCCAUCUUACAGAUACUCCCUCCGUCUGUCUGCUCCUUGUGACCCUCGCACCUUGAUCCGAGUAGAAGAAGUUUGCAGUGUUGGUUUGAAUGUCUACUGAGAUGCUUUCAAUUUAUCUGAGUGAGUGCGACGGAGAGAGAGUGUGUUUGUUUUGCACUGUUAGUGUAAUAUUAGAUUCACUUGCCAGGUUUUCUUCACUGGCUGCAGUUGAUAUCACUGUGAAGUAAUCUUGUUUGUAGUCUGAAUCUUCUCUGUUUAUGCUCCGUGAGCUUCCGUGUCCUCUCUCAUUCGUGUGAGUGUGUAUGGGACAAGUGUGUGAAAGACUCCGAUUUACUUUGUAGGCUAAGCAAUAGGACAACCAUAGAAACAUUUAAAAACAUCCAAAAUCUCUUUAACUUCUUAGAAACCAGCAAAACAAACACCAGACCUUUUUACUACAUCAAAGUCUUAGAUCUUUCACAUAAAUCGCUGUAUUGCUUGUCUUCGUAAAUAACACAUGGGACCAAAUCAGACAUUCCACCAUCAAUGCUAAGUCAACACCCUUAAAGGGUUAGUUUAUCCAAAAAUGAAAAUUCUGUCAUUAAUUACUCAGCCUCAUGUCGUUCCAAACCCGUAAGACCUUUGUUCAUUUUUCGGAACACAAAUUAAGAUAUUUUUGAUGAAAUCUGAGAGCUUUCUGACCCUGCAUAGACAUGCAAAGUCAUUAUUAUUAUUUUCUUUGCACAUAAAAAGUAUUCUUGUAGCUUCAUAAAAUUACAGUUGAGCCACAGAUCUCACAUGGACUGUUUUAAUGAUGUCCUUACUACCUUUCUGGGCCUUGAAGAUGGUAGUCUAUGCAGGGUCAGAAAUAUCUUAAUUUGAGUUCCGAUGGUUUUACGGGUUUGGAACAACAUGAGGGUGAGUAAUUAAUGACUGAGUUUUCAUUUUUGGGUGAAUUGUCCCUUUAAUGUAUACAGAUAUGUAGUCGCCUAUAAGAAAGAUGCUGACUGCUGACUGCAGCCUCAUCUCAUGUUGUUAAAGUAGUAGUGCACCCAAAAAUCUAAAUUCUGUCAUAAUUUUCUCAUACUCAUACCAUUUCUAAACCUGUAUGACAUUCUUUCUUCUGUAGAACAUAAAAGAAGAUAUUUUGAGAAAUGUCUCAGUGUUUUUUUGUCCAUACAAUGAAAGUCAAUGGCAGCAAAAACUGUUCGGUUACUAACAUUUUGCAAAAUAUCUUCUUUUCACAGAAGAAAGUAAGUCAUAAGGGUUUGGAACAAAAUGAAGGGUGAGUAAAUGAUGACGGAAUUUUCUUUUUUGGGUGGACUGUCACUUUAAGAUUCUGAGACAUGAGCUUUUCUUAAGGUCACUGAGUGAUUAACCGCAGUCAGGUUAUCUCACUUUGCCAUAUAGCAGCGGUCACCAAACUUGUUCCUGGAGGGCCGGUGUCCUGCAGAGUUUACCUCCAACUUUCCUCAGCACACCUGCCUGGAAGUUUCAUGUAUACCUAGUAAGACCUUGAUUUUAGUUGGUUCAGGUGUGUUUGAUUAGGGUUGGAGCUAAACUCUGCAGGGACACCGGCCCUCCAGGACCGGAUCUGGUGACCCCUGCUAUAUAGGGUUGAAUUCAGGUAAAUUAGGAUACUUUUUGACUGGUCAAAAUGUCCCAAUUAACCUGAAUUCACCCUGUUUGCAGCGGUCACCUCCCAUAGUAAAGUGCACAUUUUUUCAUUAUGUCUGUCUGAACGUCUUAAAUCAGGAAUAAUAUAAGAACUUAAUAAAAAUGUAUUCAUUAUAUAUCAAAGCAAUUAUUCAGCAAAAAAAAAAAAAAAUUGAAUAAAUAAAUAUAUAUAUAUGAAUGUCAUUUGGCUCAGUUUAACAUAAGCUGUUUCUUCCACAAUGGUAUUUACAUUUAAGUUCAUAUGAGCUGGAUUUUUUUCUGCAUUACUUGAACACCAAGGGUUAAUAAAUGACAGUAGCUCUUUCCUAAAUUUUUCAAGAUCUGUUGUAAAAAUAUGGAAAAUUACAGUAUAUUGUCUUUCAAAUGGCUGUUUUUCAUCUGUUCGUCAGUCAAAUCGAAAAAAUAAAAAUGAAACAAUACCAACUUGUUUAACAGCUCAGCAAUGCUGUUCAUCUGGAUAAUUUGGCAGUACGUUGAUUUUGUUUGUAAUGACUCUACCUCAAACAAGACAUUCGGCUGUAACUGCCACCUGUUCGAACACAGCCUUCUCUCUUCAAACACACCUUUAACCGUUCUGACUUUAUGCAGAAACUUUUAUACAGGUAGCAGCAAAAAAAUACUGUAGAUCUCCUCUGCAUCCUCUCAUCUGGUCUGGUCUGAUAUGAGGUUUAAAGCAAAGUGUAACAUUCAGUACAGUGCUAAAGCACAAAGGAUUGCGAAAGGAUUUCAGAAAACACCUUUUGUGUGGUUUAAUGACGCUGGUGGAAUUAAGUUGAGUUUGCUGUUUUAUUUGCUGUUUCUUUAGUAGAUGCUGACCUUUUUUGUUUCACUUUGCACUAUUGCCCCGUGAACCGUUUCUGUUUCUGACCCAGUGCUGAGAGACCCAUCAUUGCUGACUUUAAGCUUUCAUUAUUGUAUACGCUGGAAAGUAGGAAAAGUACCGGAAAACUGCUGUACUGGUAAAAAGGCAUUUUGUUACCAGAGAUCAGUGAAGUGUUUUCUAUUCUCCAAGCAUACAGUUUGUUUGUUUUUUCAUUUAAAUUUAAAGUAAUGGAGCGUUGAGGAAUUAUAAGGAAGCUGCUUAUCUUUGUCGUGUGUAUUCACAGUCUGUCACUUCCUGCUAUUCCAGUUUGUUUAUGACAUUUCAAACCCAAGUUUUACUUUAUCCAGCCAACUUGAGUUAGGUUAGAAGACUAGUACUGUUUAUUGUAGUGUUUUAUAUUUUGCCACUUUGCUGUGAUUUUACUCAACCUCUUUUUUCUUCUUUCCUGGUUUGUUUUUGCUUGGUUGUGAGCCCUAAGAUUUUGAAUUGCUGAUGAUAUUUUUUUGGAUUGCUGUGUUAAUAAAGGUGAGUUUAUAGAUUGGAAAGCCUUUUAUUUUGCCCUUUUUACUGUCAUGUUAUUAACAGUUAUUAAUACUAUUAUAAAAAUACUUAGCUAUUUAUAUGGACACACCUUUUAUGUAUAUUAAUUAAUUUGGUUUGAUAAAUUGCCCAUAUUUCUUUUGAAAAAAGCUUUUCUUUUUUUUUUUUAAGUGUGUCAGUGUGAUUACCAUUCAGUUGGCCAUUUUACCCUGUCCAUUCACCUUUUUGUGGUCGAUUUCAACAAAAUUCACCAGCAAUUCAAAUUGGUCAAUGAAGUGGUAGUUUAUACAUUGAAAGAAAAUUAUGCCCGGCGUCAUCUAUUGAUGUUGUAUUGAUGUUAGUGAUUUAUACAUAAAUCAGUUAGAAGUCUGUCAUGUUGAGGCAAAUGCAAAAUACAGAAUCAUUCAUCUUUUCUUUCAUUAUGUGAGCAUUUUACAGGAGUCUUUCUGUAGCUGGAUUCUGCAAUGUCAGUGAUUUUUAUUUCUGUACAGAUGUAUUACCCUCUUCCAUUCUCUCUAAUUGUUUUUUGAUAACUUUUGAUGUGCAAGACAAUAAAGAGAUGAAUGAAUAUA